GGAUACGAAUCCGGCGGAGUCUCAGAAGCAACGACCAAUCUCAAAAAGGGAAGAAGGUGUGAAAGAAAAGAACCCGCCCCCAUCGACUCGGCUCCGAAUCACUCUCCCACCAGCGCCAACUUGCCCCAGCCCCUGCCACAGUUCAUGCCGCGCAGGGUGUAUAAUCCGGAGCCCAUCUCGUAUUUCAUCCCCGGCGAGGCCCCGGCGGAGCCCGCGCCUCGUGCUGCGCAGCGGAGGGAUCCGGAGGAGAGGCCCAGCUGGCUUCCAGAGAACUGGACGACUGAGUUGAGAAGGCGCAGUUCUGGAGCCACAGCUGGACAGACUGAUCGAUAUUACAUCGAACCAACGGGGAAACGCAGAUUCCGUUCGAAGCUUGAGGUGCUUCGCUUUCUGGAAACAGGAAGUAGUAAACCAAAGAGAAAGGCACCUUCUGCAACUGAGACUACGGCUUCAAGGAGUCCUGCAAGCCAAAUAUAAAGCAAGGCCAGCACGAAAGGGGAGAAAUUUGAGGCCUUUGUUUCUGAUAAUACACAACCACCACCACAUGUUAUCAACGCCGUGAACAGAUAUGGUAAGGCCAAGCGCGGGCAUGAUAGUGUUUAUGCACCUCUCUGGGGUCUCAAACUGAGAGCGCUUGUGUUUUCGUUACCGUAAUUCUUCAUAAAUUCUGGUGGUAGACAUUUUACUUGUUCCUUAUGUAGAAUUCAAACAUUAUUGUGCGUGAGUUCUCUUGUGGAAUGUUAAGAGAAUUCUUUAGUAUUUGAAAUUAUAUUUGGAAGCCCUCUUGAAGAUAGAGAUGGUAUCAAUGCAGUUUCCUUGUAGAAGUAGGAACAUUUGUAGAAUACUUUGCUCCAAUUGGUGUAGUGCAUGAGGUUGCUCCAAAUUUGGAUAUUGGAUUAUUUUGGUA